AUGAUCAAAACUAACAACCUCGAAGAGACGCAAACCAAGCUUUCAUCACAUAGUUCCUACCAAUUGCUAAUUCUGUCUUCCUCAUCUCACCAUUCUUUCUUAUCGUUCUUGUUUGAGUCAUUCCAAUAUGGCGGUGAUAAUACAUGUGUUUACCAGUCAAAGUGUUAUUUUUCAGAAAAUUCUUUGUUAACGAGUCUAAUAAAUCAAAUCUUUAAAACCUCUUCUCAGCAAAAGGAAGAAAUGUUUGGUCAAGUUGUAAUUGGACCCCCUGGAUCUGCCAUGCUUCAGGUGGAACUGCCUCAUGUCAAUGUCUUGUCCAAAGCUGAUCUCAUCCAAUCAUAUGGCAAAUUGGCAUUCAAUCUAGACUUUUAUACAGAUGUUCUUGAUCUCACAUACUUGCUGGAUCAACUUCAGGAUGAUCCAAUUUUCAAAAAAUAUAAGAAAAUGAAUGCGGCACUGGUGGAAAUAAUUCAAGACUAUAGUCUUGUAUCUUUUGUGGCCCUAAAUAUUAAGAAGAAUGAAAGCAUUCUGCGGGUUCUUCAAACAGUCGACAAGGCAAAUGGUUAUAUGUUUGGUGAUACAGAGGAACGCAAUUUACAGUCAAUGCUUUCCUGUGCGAUUGGUGCUGAAUUUGAAUAUGAAAAGAUCAAAGACAUUCAAGAGAAAUAUGUAAUGGAUAGUGACCAUGAGGAAAAAAUGGAUGAGGAUGAAAGUGAAAAUUCAGGCGAGAUAUGA